UUGUGAAAAAUUUGUGACUGACUAGCCAGCCGCCUAAUUUCGGACUUUUUGGCUGACUAUCACUGACUAAAAGUGAUUAUCUCGAACAAAAUAUUCGACUGUAGUCAACUACAGUUAUAGUCAUCUAGUAGCCAAAAAGUCCGAAAUUAGACGACUGGCUGAAAGAAUAACUAAAAGUGAUUGUUUCUAUACAACAUUUUUGAAUUCAAUCAACUUAGCCAGUUUUAGUUAUUUGAAGCUACAUACAAAUGAGUGACUGCUAGUCACUUUAUUUGCACACGGGAUUUCAAGUGUUUACCACGUGCUCCAACUUCGGCAUAAUUUAAGUUAUUCAAAGAAAGCUAGAUCAACUAAAUUUGAAUGAACAAAAAAUUUAUUGGUUUUACGAUUUAAAAGGAAACUGGUUUCCGAAACAUCACACAUCGGCCGGAAUAUGCUGAAAGGUGUUUACUUCGUUAAACCUUGAAUGAUCCGUAAAUUUUAUGAUCUUCUAAGUUUCUCUGUAGAGUUCUUGAAAAAAAGCAUUUCGAUGCUAUUCCAGCAUGUCACUAGCAUCACUGAGUUUGCAUUUUACUUUGACAAAUGCUCUCGCAACGUCUAAAAUUACUCGAUAUGUGAGUGUUUUUAGAAAAUAAUGAAAUGAAAACUGAAAAUCAUGUUUUCAUAAUUAAAAUGUUCACUUUUUUAUGGUCGUUUUUGUCAUUUAGUUUAAAUCAUCUUGGUGUACCGUCUAUUGCAAUAAAUCAGUAUGCGUCAGGUGGUAUGAGUCGUCAUUGUUGUUAUGAUCGUAAUAUAUACUGUCAGGCUACAUUCUGUGGAUGUAAGACACAAGUUAGUUUAAAUUGUAUUUGAAAAAAAAGGUCAAUUAAAAUAAAACCUUAGUUAAUGAGGAGGUGUGUACAGAAUAGUACAGUCUCUUGUCUUUAUUCUUUUAAUAAAUAUAACUACAAAUACAGUAUGAUAUAUGGACCAUUCCACGAUAAAGUGGAAUUCCAGAAAAAUGUGAACGUGACGCAAAAACCAUUUUAACGUCAUUAGAUUGUCAUGAAUCACUAAAAAUCUGCGCUUUUCUUUAUAAGACAUUUCUACUUGAAUUACUUCCAAUGUAAAAAAUAAUACAAGCGAAGGAUGGCACACAGAAGUUACACGUUCUUUGUAAUAAUGUCAAACGAACGUUCGAAGCCAACACCAGCUAAGCAAAAAAAAUAAGAAGGUUUUGGAUUUAUACACAUAAGAGAUUGGAGCAUGAAUUUCGAAAAGACGUACGAAUGUUACCAAGGAUAUAACACUCUAGUCUAUAUUCUUGUCCAUAUAUGUAGAUUUUAGACAUUCAGCAGUGCUUAACCUGAGCACGACAAUAACCCAGAUCCUUUGAAUGCAAAAAUUGGAUUGUUCAUUCGACUUUUUGUCCUCUAAAUUAACGUUAAACAUAAAACAUAUUGGCUUCAUCUAUUACCACUGUUGUGCGAUGUUUUAAUUUCAUAAUUGGAAUGGAAAAUUGGAAAUGCAGCACUUGAGCAUAAUGAUCACCUUCUAACUAUAGGGGGAGUGUUGAUAAUAUUGUCUUUCCAAGCGUAUUCCGUAUUCCAGUGCGGACUGGAAUGUGCAGUACACACAGCUGCAAGGCAAACAUUGUUGACAAUUCUCAGUACAGAAACUGCAGGCAAAGUGCGAAAUUGAAUUUUCUUACAAGCAAUAAAACAUGGCUGGCAUUCGAAGUUUGAAAAAAGCGCCAUUGGGCAAACUCAGCCUAAAACCUAAACCAAUUCAAGAACGGAGUAAUAGGACAAUCAGUAGACGCCUCGAACGUCUACGGUAUGAUGAAGAAGUACGUAGAAGACAAGUUAAUAAAGAGGAACUGUUAAAACUCCCUCUCCUAGAGCAAGCCCGCUUUCAUGUUGAUUAUACCCAAUGGUUUGUCGAUGCCUGGCAAUCCUUUGCCGAUACAGAGCGAACCCGUGCCGAUUGUAGAGAGGAAUUAGUUCAAGCUUACGAGGAGAAAGUUCAAGGAAUCAAGGAUUUUAUUCAAGAUCUUCACCAUAUAAUUGAAUUAAUCGAAAGCAACGCUUCAGAUGAGGCUUUGCUGCUCUAUGUCAAAUCUAGACCUUCUUGAUAAGGCUGUAGCUAACAAUUAUCGCAAUUGAAUAAAAUGAACAAU